GUGGCUGCCGCCAUGUUGGUGCGGGGACAGCCCCUGCGAUGAUUGCGGUGCUGCUGAGCACCGCGGCCCGCGGGGAGGGUGGUGGCCCGGGGAGCGGGAGAGGGCUGAGGGAGCAGUUGGAGAAAGAGAGGUCGACGCCUGAGGUUGGGGCUUGAGGCAGCCGCCUGGUGCCGGCCCUCCCUCCCGUUCAUCCUCUCGGCCUGGGCCGCCAGGUCGGGAAGGGCCUGGCUUCGGAAGGCUUGAAGGGUCUGGGGUAGUGCUGAGGGACCUCGGCUCUUCUGUGGAGGUCGGAGUGAAAUGUCGGUCAGAAGGAAAACACUGCUAUCCUUAAAGGUCGGCACAACAGAUGGAAACCUGACACGGAGGUAUCCUGACUGCAGGUCAGCUGAGGACACAAAUCCCCCUUACAGGUUUUUCUCCAAAAAUUAUGAAGACCUUACUUGCUUUAGGGAUUGCAGACCGGGAGCUCCCCACCAUUACCUGGUGGUGCCGGUGGAACACAUGGGAAACUGCAAAACACUAAAGAAAGAACACAUACCUUUAGUGAAGAGAAUGAUGGAAGUUGGAAAAGCUGUCCUUCAGAGAAAUAAUUUUAGUGACUUGAAUGAUGUAAGAAUGGGUUUUCACUGGCCUCCAUUCUGCUCAAUCUCCCACUUGCAUCUUCACGUCCUGGCCCCAGCCAGCCAGCUAGGAUUCUUAUCCAGACUCUUUUACAGAAUCAAUUCCUACUGGUUUAUCACGGCUGAACAACUGAUUGAGCGACUGCAAACUGAAAAUGCUACCAGCUGAAAGCACUCUUAGCCUUGUGUCGCUAGCCAGUUUGUUCUUCGGCUUUGGCCUCUGUUUUAAGGUUGCACAGUUUGAUGUUGCCAAUAAUAAACCAGGAUAAAAAAAAAAGAGCUUUAGUUCCUAAUGAGGAAAUACACACAGAAUGUGUGGCUGCCAGCCUAAGUUUCCCAUUUGGAUACUUAGUCUAUGUACUUCUCUGACAAUAAGGCGAUAUAUUUUAAUUAUAAUUUUAUAUUUGUGUAUAUGCAUACAUAAUACAUACACACACAGGCACACAUGCAGAGAACUUUCCCCAGUAAAAGGCAGGUAUAGCAAGAGAAUGUAUUGCAACUAAGGCACAGGUUAACUACUAGCAGCAUGUACAUGAUAACAAAGGGAAUAUUUGUUGCGGAAUCAAGCUUUUAUUUUGAAGUGGCAUUGUUCUAGGAUUGCAGUUAACAUUUAAGUUUCCAUCUGUAUUUGUCUGCUAGCUAUGCCUAGUGAUUAGUAAGUACAUGCUGAAAGUACACUACUAAUUUUCUGAUGCUAAACCACUUUAAUGUAUUACCUGUCUUGCAUGGCAGUGGCAAUAUUAGUACAAUAGGCGCCCAAGAUGGCAUAACACUAUAUAAUAUAGAACAUAGUUUAAGUGUCUGUGUGAUUGUAUGUUGAGCUUAAAGGUUGUUUCUCACUUACUUACACAAUAUUUGAAAUUAAUUGUUUACAAAAAAUGUGAAGACUGUUCUUCUGUGUGAUAAUAGAAAAAAUAAUCCAAAAUUUUAAGAUGGUUCUGAUAUUGUUCCUACUGGAAGUUCCUUGGAGAUUACUCAUGCCUUGGCUAAGUUUGCAUUCUAAAUGAAGUCCUAAGAGAAAUGUGUCUUGAGUGGAGUGAGUAUGUGGCAGGCUUGCUAAUAGCAAUGUGGUUUGAAUUUGGGAUAGCAGGGACUGAGCCCAAAAUUAGAACAAGUUGGGUUGCUUAAGGAAUCUGCUGAACAUUUUGCCUUUGCUGUAUGACUCUAAUGAAUAACACUAGUGCUCUGCUUUUCAAUACCAUAUUAAGGCAGACUGGAAAGUCGAACCUCCAGAAUACACGGGGUGGAUUUUCCUUCACAGAGUGUAUCUCUCAGAGCCCAGUUAGUCAAGUGCCCUUGGCUGAUGCAUUUAGAUGCAGUUGAGGUAUUGGUGGUCUGUUGUACCUGCAAGAUUCCCUGAACGGUAUCUGCUCAGUGGUUUUCACUGAUCCAGCACCUGUUGCCUUAGUUGUACAAUGUAUUGUAAUAUUCUUAUGGUGAACUAUAUAUAAUACUUGAGAAAGUUCAUAUCCUUCUGAAUAUCAACAUUUUCUACUCGGAAGAGUUUACACCUCUUUUCUGUAAGACCUUCUUCCUAAUGUCUUGUUAUUCUUACUAGUGGGCACUCAUAUGUCAUUUGUACCCCUUUGGGCUUUAAAUUUGUAACAUCAGGUAGGAAGAGUGUGAAUUAAAGCCGCUGAACUUUGAUUACUUCUGUGCAAUAGAUGAGGAGGUUUGAGCUGGCUCCUAGCUUUGUGAAAUACCUGAACAUUAAGAUCUUUCAAGAGUUAUGUGUAUGUGUUCUGAUCUGUAAUUAAUUUAUGUGACUGUACUUAACUGUGACUUGAUAUUUAAAGUACCAACAUGCACUGUUGUCAAAAAGGACUAAUAAACAGAAUAAAUGCUAAUCUUGGAAUGAU